CGUUGUCGCUGCUUUACUACCCUUUACUUUACGUCUCGAGCUUCAUGUCUUCUUAAAAGCACCCUUCUAAGUACAAGCAGGUCCCGAGUGUGUGUGGGGAUUAAAAUGAAAUAAACACACUCCCGCACAGUUAAGUGAUGCCAUAGACGAAGGAGGCAGAGCCCGGGCUUCUCCAUCGGAGGAGAGAGAGGUCUCCUCAGCAAUGGCCACUGAACUCCACGACACCAUCUUCAUGGCCAAACAGGAGCGCCACAAGAACCUGUUCCUCAACUACAAGAACCUGAACGUGUUCCCCGUGGAGCUGCUGAAGGAUGAAGGCCUACAGUAUCUGGAGAGACUGUACAUGAAGAUGAACUCGCUCACAACACUGCCUGACAAUCUGGCUCAGAAGCUCCCCAACCUAAUUGAACUGUAUUUGCACUCAAACAACAUAAUGAUUAUUCCUGAAGCUAUUGGAAACCUGGCCAGGCUGCAGUCCUUAGAUCUGAGCAGUAACGCACUCCAGCUCCUCUGUCCAGAGAUUGGCCGACUGAGGUCCCUGCGACACCUGAGACUGUCCAAUAACCAGCUGAAGUACCUUCCUCCAGAGAUCGGGGAUCUGCACGAACUGGAGACUCUGGACGUGUCCAUGAAUCAGCUGAUGUCUCUACCACAUCGUCUGCAUCGCUGUGUGUCUCUACAGAAUCUGACAGCCGACCACAACCUGCUGUGCCAGGUUCCCCGGCAGCUCUGCUGGCUCCACCGCCUCAACCAGCUCUCCAUGGCCGCCAACCGGCUGACCUUUCUACCGCUGGAUCUAGGCAGAUCGCGGGAGCUGCAGUUUGUUUUUGUGGACAAUAACGUGGACCUGAAAGGCCUCCCCUCAUACUUGUAUAACAAGGUCAUCGGCUGCAGCGGGUGCGGCGUGUCACCGCAGGUGUUGGAGGGCGACCUGAGGGAGGUCCCGGGUACAGCGCUGAGUCAAGCUCUGGUCGGGUUAUCAGCCGAAGUGAAGGUGGUGGGCUCAGAGAAGGAGAACGUGGUUCCCCUGGAGGAGCUCGCCAUGAGGACGCUGCACCGCAUCUACCACCACCGGCCAACAGACCCGAACCUGCUGCCUCCCAUCACCCUCCCAAGGAGCCUCCUGGACCUGCUGCAGUUCCCUCUGGGUCACUGUCACCGCUGCAGCCAGGCCAUGUUCACCAUCAUCUACCCCAAGCUAUUCCCCCUCCGUGACACCGCCCUGGCAGGAGUGCACCGCAGGACGACCGUGAGUUUUGUGGCCUAUUGCUGCUCCAGUCACUGCCUCCGGACAUUUGACCUCCAGGGUUGAAAUCCCCUCAUUCUCCCUUGACACAUUCGAUGAAGAAGCUGUUGACUGGGUGUCCAGCAGGUGUCAGAUAAAGAGCUUGUUGUUUGCGUGGAUCUUGAAUCUGUGUGCUGCAUCAGGGCAGGAAGUCUGUGCUUGAAACAAAGAACCACAGAUUUGCAGCGUCUGGGGAUGUUUCAUGGAUCAGAUCAUGGACACAGGGCUCGUUCUGCAGCGUUUCAACACGGUAGACAAAGACUCAAACCAAGAUGGAGCUUCUGUCCGGAGUCAAACUUGAACGAUUGCCCCGCUGUGUGUGUGUGUGUGUGGUGAGGGUCAACAUAAUGACUACUGUGUGAGGGCUGUGCACCACUAAACUAGAAACUAACAGUAUUAUACCUAAUGUAACUCACAAAUGGGCACUUUUUAAGAACAAGCACUGUUUGAUAUUUGUGAAAUCAGUAAGAUCUUCUCACAGAGAUCACGCAUCCCAUUGAUUGGGAAGUCAAUUCAUAUUAUUAAUAUGGUUAAUUUGACUGAUUUCUAAGGACUAUUUGAAGGCUUAUAAUUUAAAAUAAUAUGUAUCUGUGUGAUGUGUGUAAUUUACAGCAGCGGAGAAGAACCUACCACAUUAACUUUCCUCGAGAAGCCGUGUGUCUUGCAUGUGACACUCGUCUCACAAUGACGUCUGAAUUUAUACACUCAGUCAAUAUGACACAUUUCAUGAGAUCAAAUUUAUGGUCUUCAGUGUGACUUUAUUUCUAAAAUCUUGUCUCCAGUCAAUAAGAUGAACCAUAGAUUGGUUUGACCUUUUUGUUAAACGGAUACCGGAAAGUUCUCAGUUCUUUUCUAAGGCAGGUAUCCAUUUUUAAAUGAUGGCUGGUUUUGGAGCAAAAGUAAAUAUGUCGUUUAUAUUUUAAAAACAAUUUUUUCCAUUACCAGCAUUUAAAUUGAAUAUCAGUGUAAAAUGUCAGGAUUCCACAUAGAUUCUUCAGAGGCACCGUUCGAUUCCCUCGUUGGACUGAUGCCUGUGUGUUGAUAUUCAUGACUGUACAGUGUAAGUUAUCAUUUGUUUUGAUUGUGUUGCUUUUGGCAGUAAAUGUUGACUGAUGUUUGAGCUUUGUGAAUUUAUUACACUACAGACACAGUUUGUCAGGGAAGCUGCAUGGAGAGGUGUUAGUGUGGCUGCUUUUGUAUCACUUACUCAAUGUUAAAUUACACUUACAAAAGAACCCUUGUGACACUUUAAUCUAAAUACAUUGUGUUUUGUUUUCCACUAUGUAGCUAAAAAUCACAUUCUAAAACUGUCCAUAAAGAGUUUUUGGCUUUUUUUAAGUUGCUAAAAGCUGAUUACAGUAAGGUUUAAAUUCAUCCAGCUUUCAUCUAUGUAACAUUUAUAUGGUGUACUUGUUCAAUACUUCCUUUGACAAGUAUUCUGAUGAUUACAAGCAGGUAUAGUUUGUAGUUCCCCUGAGAACCACUGGACAUGGUGUUGUAGGAGGAGGAUGUGGAGGGUUGCAGGUCAUCUAGCUGAGUCAACUAAGAAAUGCAUGUUGCCUGAACUACUCUAAACAAACGGGUUAGUUGUUUGCAGUUAAACUUGAUAUUUCAAGUUCACCCAACAUUGUACUUAAAUGAGCUGAGGAGUCUACAGCAGGUUCUUGAGAUUCAGGAGGAUGAUACAUGAAUGAUGCAUCUGGUGGGACAGUGCUGUAAACAAAUAGAGAGACCAAAGGGAGGUGAGACGCCUUGUAAACUUUAAGAGUUGUAAAUUGAGCACAUAAGCCAUAGUUAACUGUGACAUUUAAAUGUUCUGUGGCCAAUAACAAAUAAAUUAAUUCAUGUUGUACA